AUAACCCUACUUGAUUUCUAUACGAGAAUUUAAGUAUGGAAAUCACCAGAAGUAGUUCUUUCCUAAUCAUUUUGCUAGUGUUUGUUUCAAGUUUGGUGGAGACAAAUGCAUAUUAUUAUAAGAAUUGUUAUGCAGGGCGUUGCAAUGGAAAAUAUAUAAGGUGCCCAGAAGAGUGUCCAAGCAGUGAAUCGAAUGAUCCCAAGGCUAAGGUUUGUCAAAUUGAUUGCGACAAACCCACAUGCAAUGCUGUCUGUAGACAGCGCAAACCAAACUGCAAUGCACCUGGAUCAGGAUGCUAUGAUCCUCGAUUCAUCGGUGGAGAUGGCAGAGUGUUCUACUUCCAUGGAAAGAGUAAUGAGCACUUCAGUCUCAUCUCUGAUUCCAACCUUCAAAUCAAUGCUCGCUUCAUCGGACACAGGCCAGCCGGCAGAGCCCGCGACUACACCUGGAUCCAGGCUCUUGGCAUCCUGUUCAACUCUCAAACCUUCUCAGUGGAAGCCACCAAGGCGGCCCAAUGGACCGACACCGUUGACCUCGCCGUCAAAAGACGUGAAAGUCGAGAGAGUAGCCAGCAAGAACAACGUCAUAGUAACACUGGAGAAUGUUGCUGAGAUUCUUGUCAAUGUUGUGCCGAUAACCAAGGAAGAUGAUAGAAUUCACAACUAUCAAGUGCCUAAUGAUGAUUGCUUUGCUCACUUGGAAGUUCAGUUUAGAUUCUUCAGUUUGUCCCCGAAAGUUGACGGUGUUCUUGGAAAGACUUACAGGCCGGAUUUCGAAAACCCGGCGAAGCCAGGUGUGGCGAUGCCGGUCGUUGGCGGAGAAGACAGUUACAAGACAACGUCAUUGCUUUCUCAUGAUUGUGCUUCUUGUUUGUUCUCUCAAGAAAGCUCUUCUGAGAGAGAUCCUUCUACUAAAAUGAUUACCGAAUUGGACACACUUGAUUGCACCAAGUUUUCUUAUGGAUUGGGAAUCGUUUGCAAGAAAUGAAUACCAGAAAGAAAAUUAAAAGGCAAUGGUUUAUUAGGUGAAUAUACUUGAAACCUUGCUUGAAAAAUAAGGGCACAGCCAUAAAUAAUAACGCUAUUUCUUUGUUAUUGUAAUUUGUAUGCUUUGUUGUUUGAUAAUUUGAAGUUAAACAUUGUGUUACUCUUUCGUUUAUGUGAUUCAA